AACUAUUGAUUUUCAAGUUUACAUAAGUCGGCGGGUUCACGGUCAUAAAACCUGAAUGAAUAUAUGAAUUUAAAACAGGCGAAAUGAUUCAUAGUGUCUGGAGAUUUUGUUUAUACUUUUAAAAAGUUGCAAAGUUGUGCAAAUAAAACAUAAUAAAAUGACUUUGCUUCAGAAAAACGUGCUUCAAGGAUUAUUCAUCUAUCUGUUAACAGAAAUGAUUGUGUCAAAGCGCCCGGGCAAUAACAAAGAUCAUGAAAAAUGGAAUGUAAACUAUUACCCUAAACCGACCAUAGGUGUCAAACAUUUAGACAUGAACUUGAAAUGUAGUAAUAAAUACCAACUGAUUGACGUCGAGGUCAUUGCUGGGAAGAAAUUUUUUGAAGACAAUCAAGAAGAAUAUGUGUUCGGAUAUACACCUUCGCUAAUCUUCAACGUUAACAACUGCUAUUGGAACCAAGGUUGCACUAUCACAUUCCCGCAAGACCUUAUGGUCACUUGUGUUACUGUUAAAAAUACAGAUAGCAAAGGCGCUAUUGUUGUGCCGAAUGAAGGGUUCAGUUUUAAAACGUGUGCAAUGGAAAAUGUUCAAUUUCUCAAUCCAGUGCACGCCAAAUGCAUAAAAAUAAAGGUUGUGAAGAAUAUUUGCGAAUUGAAAAAUGGGAAACGUAAAUGCACGAAUAAACUUCCAAAACGGAAAGGAAUGAUAAAGAGUCACGAGUCAUUCCCAUGGAAUUACGACGAAACGUACCGAAACCUUGUGUGGAAAUAUAACUUUCCUUUGACAGACAAGAAACAGAAAGUACUUGUAAUUGGCUUAAAAUCCGUACACGUAUGCGAAGACGAUCGCUUGGUCUUAAGAACAAACAAAGGGGAAAUGGAUAUUGCAGAAAUGGAAGAAAACAAACAUUUGAGUUUUAAAAAACAAGAUCAUGGAUUUUUAGAACUAGAAUUCAGUGUAGCUUCAGACAGCAAGGGGUGCGGCGGAUUUCUAAUCUGCUACAACGAGAUAAAGAAGAAGAAAUUAAACAGAUACGACGGAAAAAAGCGAAACGUGUGUGACGACCUGUUCAGCAAGAAGAAACUGAUUCCUAAUCUUGAAACGAUGGGAGUGUCUUAAAAUUAAAUGCUUCAGCAAACAUUCGAACAGUUCUCUACUGUGUCAUUGUAUAUUUUUCAAUCUGCUACAUUUUUAAAAGUACAACGGCCUACACAGCAUAAGUAAAUGAUAUACUGAUAGCCAGUCACUACGAAAAAGCACGAGUAUCUUUUACAGUAUUCCAGGAAAUCCUCAAUGCUCAGUGUUUAAAUAAAUAAACUCUUUAUACAUUUC